AUGGCGUCGCCAGACGAUCCCGUGCUCGCCGCUUGCAAGCACAAAUUGAGCCACUUCAGAAUAAAAGAGCUCAAGGAUGUCCUGGAUCAGCUUGGACUCUCAAAGCAAGGAAAGAAGCAGGAUCUAGUGGACAGAGUUAUGGCAGUAUUGAUCAGUCAGCAAGAUCAAGCCUCAGAAACGAAUGGUUUACCAAAAGCAAAAAUGGUGGUGAAAAUAGUGGAGGACACUUUUAGAAAAAUGCAAGAGCCUACAAAUACUGUAACACCCUCAAGGAGCCACGGAUCAGGACACGGUGUUAAGCAUAAAAAGAAACCAGAUGAGUCUGCUCAGGCAGUUAAGGUUCGUUGCCCUUGUGGUGACUCCAAGUCAAAUGAUUCCAUGAUUAAGUGUAUUGAUCCACAAUGCAACAUAUGGCAACAUGUUGGCUGUGUUAUCAUACCCGAUGCUGAGAAGUCUGCAGACAAUAUUUCUCCUGAAUUACCUUCCUGCUUUUAUUGUGAAGUGUGCCGACUUAGCAGGGCUGAUCCUUUUUGGGUCACCGUGAACCAUCUGUUACUCCCUGUCUUAAUAGGACCCUCUACCGUAGCAGCAGACGGGUCAUAUACUGUACAGUAUACCGCAAAAAGCUUUCAGCUUUCAAGAGCUAAUAGAGAAAUGCUACAGCAAGCUGAAUGCGAUGUUCAGGUUUGGUGUAUCCUUCUCAGUGACAAAGUACCUUUUAGGAUGCACUGGCCUUUACACUCUGACAUGCAAGUUAAUGGUAUUUAUGUUAGGGUGGUUAACAGGCAACCCCAACAAAAGUUAGGGGCCAAUGGUAGAGACGAUGGUCCACUAUUAACAGAUUACCUGAAGGAGGGACCUAACAAGAUUUCUCUAUCGAGAAAUGACUCUCGUACUUUCUGUUUGGGUAUCAGAAUUGCCAAGAGGAGAUCUCUAGAACAGGUCCUAAAUUUGGUGCCAAAGGAACAAGAUGGUGAAAAUUUUGAUGAUGCCCUUGCUCGUGUGCGUCGCUGUGUUGGUGGUGGAGCUGAGGCAAAUAAUGCAGACAGUGAUAGUGAUAUCGAAGUUGUGGCUGAUUCUGUCUCCGUGAAUCUUCGGUGCCCUAUGACUGCUUCAAGGAUCCAGAUUGCUGGUAGGUUCAAGCCCUGUGCUCACAUGGGUUGUUUUGAUUUAGAAGCUUUUAUUGAAAUAAACCAACGUUCCAGGAAGUGGCAAUGUCCAAUUUGCCUGAAGAAUUACUCUCUAGAGAACAUAAUAAUUGAUCCUUACUUCAAUCGCAUCACUUCUUUGAUCAAAAGUUGCGGAGAUGAUACGUCUGAAAUUGAUGUCAAGCCUGAUGAUACAGCAGCCAAAUCUGAAAUUUGCAUUGUAAAGCAUGAGGUUAAAGAAGAGCUGCUGUCUGAGGAGGUCGGAUGUCUUAAGUUGGGACUUAGGAAAAAAAGCAACGGCCAGUGGGAAAUUAGCAAGAUAGGGGAUGCUGAUCUGGUGCCGUCUUCUGGUAAUGACCAUUCAAGAUACAAUGAAAACAAAAAGUGCAUCACUCUCUCAAGCAAUAUUGGUGAUACAAACAUUGCAAAUGAAGGUUAUAAUUUAGAGCCAGCAACAAAUGGUGAUCCUACAACCGAUGUCCAUGAUCUUGAUUCUUCAUCCUCAGAUCAGAAUGGUCCUCCAGCAUCAACAGGGCAGGAUAUAAUAGUUUUGAGUGACUCAGAUGAUGAUGAUGUCAUGGUGUUGUCUCCUGGUGCUGUGAACUGUGGCUCGACGCAUGACACUGGAAAUCUGUUUCCACUCAACACACCUGAAAAUUUAGGAGUGUGUAGCGAACAAACUGGUGUAUGCCCAAAGGAAAGCUCAUUUGUUGCAUUAAGAGAAGGUUUUGGUGACCUGGGAUUGUCCUUUUGGGAAUGUCCUGGGAGUCCCCGAGAUGAUCCUACUUCCCAGAUACUUGAUACCAGUACAAAGGCGACAGAUAAUCCAGGUGAAGUGGAAAACUACCCUGCCAAUGAUCAACCUAAGCAAGGCCCAGUUUCUGGGGCGGUAGCAGCAAACCCGGUGCCAGUGGAAGAUGGACAUGAUAGCGCAUUGCAACCUUGUUCAUCAAAUGAAAGAGAUAGUGCCAUGGGUCUUGCUAACCUGGGAGCAGACACUCAAACAUGUGUUGAUGUCCAUUCUGACAAACAGACAGAUGCCAGCACUAGUGGCCCUGAUGAAGAUUUAACUACUGCCAAAAUUGCAUCUAAGAAAAGGAGCAAUCCUGGAGACAGAAUAACAGCUUUAGAUGGUUCACUUGUGGGAAGCUCAAACGAAGAUGAGCGCGCCGGAGAGAGAUGUGGUCCUUUCUCACCACCGCAGCAGCGGGGUUCAGUUCGACCAAGAUUGAUACUAGACAUUGCCUCAGAUUCUGAUUAG